AAAUCAACUUCCAUACCAUACAUACCUUAUCUUCAAUUUCUCUCUAGAGUAAUUUUUUUUCCAUGGCUACUUCCAAUGACAACAACAAUGAGGAUUUCACACAAAUCGAUUGUUGGUAUAGAAUCUAUAAAAAUGGUCGAGUCGAACGGUUCUAUGACAAUUUUGGCGUAACAUACGUACCCCCGUCACUUGACGAUCCACAAAAUAAUGUCUCAUCUAAAGACGUUACAAUUUCACCACACGUUUCUGCUAGACUUUACCUUCCAAAAAACACAACAAAUUCCACCCAAAAACUUCCCAUUAUAGUGUAUUACCAUGGUGGUGCACUAGUUCUUGGAUCUGCUUUUUUUAACACGUACCAUAAUUAUCUCAAUGUCUUGGUUUCUGAAUCCAACGCAAUCGCGAUUUCAGUUGAGUAUCGAUUAGCCCCUGAACAUGAUGUGACCACAAUUUAUGAUGAUUGUUGGACGGCACUUCAAUGGGUCGCAUCACAUGCUAAUGAAAAAAAAUUCACUAGUGAUAACGAAGACCCGUGGAUAAAAAAUUACGGAGAUUUUAGUAGAUUGAGUAUCAUUGGAGACAGUGCUGGUGGGAAUAUAGUUUAUCAUAUGGCAAUGAGAGCAGGAAGAGAAGGUGGUAUUAAUGAAAAGGUAUCUAUUAAUGGUUCGAUUUUUGUUUGUCCUUACUUUUUGGUUCCAAUUGAAAACAUCGAACAAAAUGUAUCGUACAAAAAUUGGAUUGUUAUUAGUUCACCAUCCGAAUCUGGGCUACAUAGUCCACUAAUUAAUCCACUUGCUGAAAAUGCUCCUAGUUUGUCUCAGUUGGGUUGUUCUAGGAUGUUGUUGUGUUUCGCGGAGAAAGAUGAAUAUAUUCCAAAAGAAAUUGGGGUUCGAUUCGUCGAAGGCGUAAAAAAAAGUGGUUGGAAAGGGGAUUUGGAGUUCAUUGUAGUUGAAGAUGAAGGUCAUUGCUCUCAACUAAAUAAUCCUAAUACAGAGAAAUCUCAAGAUUUGAUCAAGCGUUUUGCUUCUUUUAUCCAACUUGAAUAAUUUUAAAUGUUUACAUUAAAUAUUAUUAAAAAGAAAUAUCAUCCUUGUUGCUUCAAUAAUUCUCUUAUCUUGAUUUUUGUUAUCAUGGAAUAUUAUUUUUGAUUGCCUUAUCAUCAAAAAGUGGAGUAAUAAAUGCAAUGCAGGAAUAAUAUUAUUUUAU